CGUACCAAAAGAAAAAAAUACUAGUACUGCAGGGCGACGCGGCCGCGAGGCAGGUAGACCACGCCGCACGCCGGCGCUAACCCCGCCGCGGCCGCGCUCCGGCAUUUCCCUGCCGCUACUCCACCCUCCCUCUCGCCGCCGACCCGCGCUACCUGCUCCUCUAUCGUCUCGCGGACUAGGGGGGAGAGGGCCUUCACCACCUCUUCUUCGCGGGGGCUGCCGCGAGCAUGGCGACCGGAGCCGUCACGGCGUCGCCGCCACUGGCCGGAGCGCGGUGCGGCCUCCGUGGCCGGGGCGUCCUCCGCCGGCGCCUCGCCGCCUCGCCUAUGAAAGAUGAAUCUGUGGUUUCUACAAAUGGCGGAAAGGAGGAAGCAGUCACUGAUGGCCUCAAUGUUACCAGAGGAGUGUCUCACCCUGGGCUUUUGCCAAGCUUAUCCAAUCAGACAUCAGUGGUCCCAACCCUUUUGCUUCCUGCUGAACCAUCUGAUCUCCGUUUCAAUCGUCUUCGACCCUCAAUUGAUGAAAGUGAUUGCAAAUACAAAAGAUUGUUUGGCUGCUAUGUUGCUCGUGAGGCUAUAAUCGAUGAGGAAUAUUGGAUUGCUGCAUGGUUGAGAGCAGAAGAUCACUAUGAAGAUCAGUCAGGCGAUCGCUAUGUCGAAAGCUUUAAAAGAAAGUUUGCAUCACAGGAAUUUCAUGCAUUAAAGAAACGAUGCAGCAAGCAGCACGGAGAGAAGUAUAUCUGUUUUGUCGCGGUGAAGAAUGAUGACCUCAGGCGAACUGUCCUGAAUAGCGUUGUUGGUACCUUAGAUGUAUGUGUAAGGCAUCCUCUACAUGGGGAGACAUUUCCUGAGGAGCCUGGAAAGUCGUCUUUUCACUGUAGAAUCUAUCAGCCAGAUGAGCCAAAAUUUGGAUAUUUAACAAAUGUGUGCGUUGCUAAAUGUGCAAGGCGUCAAGGGAUUGCCAGCAACAUGUUAUUGUUGGCCAUAGAUGCUGCAAGACUUAGUGGUAAAGCAAUGAGCUAUUCUGGAAUAGCAUGUCCCAGAUGUUAAUGCUGGAGCCAUUGAUAUCUUCAACCCUAUUACAGUUGCAGGUGUCUAAAUUGAAUGCACCCACACUGUCUAUUUGUAGAUGGUUCACUUGGAUGGUGCUAGCCAUUCCUCCGAUCUGUGCUUGCUCUCCUUUAGCUCGUAGGAUUAGGAUAGUUAAUACAAUGGACACGCUCUCAAGUUUCAUGAUGAAAGUCCUCGCGAUUUGGAUAGAAGUAGGAGGGUGUCCAGGAAUACCUUUUCCAUCUUGUACAUGAUGAAAGCGUGGACAGUUCGUAACGUUUGGGCUGACUAGAUGGGUGACAAUUCUGAUGCCCCAGAAUGUUGUGGCAUCUGAGUACCUGAAAAGUUUCUGGCAUUGUACAGUUUGUGAAGCCUGCUAAAGGUUGUUGGUUCUUUCCAUGAUUCUGCAAUGAAGUGCAUACAUUUUGGUACUGGA